GCCAAUACAUUGUUGCUUGUCGAUCAUUUUAGCUGAUAGACACAGGAUAUUCCAGAGCGAAUUAUAUUUUUUUCAAUUAUUUGAUCUGUAAGAGGAUGCAUGGAUAUGUUUAAUAGAAUAUUAGCUUGUGUUAUAUUUAUUGUAUAUCUUUUGAAGAAAGCAUAUAGCAUGAACAAUGAAGUGUAUACAUACGCAGCAGAAGGAGACAAUAUAACUUUAAAAUGCGAAAGCAAUAACAUUGACCAUUGGGAAAACACAAACAACAUAAGUCUCAUCAUAUAUUGCUAUGAAUUUAGAGAACAUUUUAUUCCAUCAGCACGACUAAAAUUAACGGAAGAAUGCAAUUUGCAAAUACAAAUACUCACUCCUGACUACAGAAGCACUUACCGUUGCAUUAUUGCAGGAGACCCGCCGCUUUCUAAAGACUUUAGAAUAAGAAUGCUUAAACCACCAUCAGAGAUAAAAGUUUUGGAAGCAAAUAUGACCGAAAUAGUUUCAGGCAUUGAAGACCAUGAAAUGACACUGACAUGUAUCGUGAAUAGCGGCGAGCCAGCGGAGACUAUAUUUUGGAUAACAAAAGAACAAGAAGUAUUAUCAGGAGGACCAGGAAUGUUGAACUACACAUUUAUUCCACAACAGAAAGAUAACUGGCAGAUCUAUACUUGUAAGGCAAAUAACAGCUUGAAUGGUGUACCGUUAGAGAAAAAUGUGCAAUUAAGACUAACAUUGAUUCCUCGCAUAUCAUUGAACAUGAAAGCAACGUGUUUGCGAAAGACAAUGACAGCUUCACUAUACUGUUCAGAAACAUCAGAAUUGCAAGUUAAUAGUUACAAUUGGAUAUACAAUGGAGAUGAGUUACUUGAAACAUCAAAUGAACUUCAGAUUACAUUAUCAAACAAUUCAAAUGAUGGUGGAUACACAUGUACAGCAAACAAUGAAGCUGGUAGCGACAAUGCCUCCCUGGUGUUACAGUAUGAUACACUAUGUAAAGAGAGAGUUCAAACAGAAGGAAAAGACACAGAUAAAUUUACAACUAUAUACAUUGUACUUCUUGUUGUAACGUUUACAGCUGUGGUAGUUGUUGUAACGUCCUUCCUGAUCAAGCGAUUUUUCGGAUUGAGACAACAGCCAAACGAAGAAGCGCUAGAAGAAGAAGAAGAUAUGAACGGAACAGCUGCUACAAAUCAAUUGUACCACUCUAUGAGUGAUUUACUUGCACAGCCAGGGGCAAGUGGUCAUGACACAGAUGUCCAUCCAUCUUUUCAAAGAUAUGGAGUUCCAUAUUCAAACCACAAAGUGUCUUAUAAUCUGAAGGUCAAGGCUACAGCAACGGAAAAUAAGCAUAGAAACAGUAAUGGUAGUUUCAAUCCAGACAGAAGUCCAACUUUACCUGCAGAUCAAAAGAUUUCACAAUGUUUGAAAUAUGUAGAAGUUCUGUUUGAUCCGUUUCCAAUGGGUCAUAAAUUUGUGAUAAGGGGAUCAGAAAACAGGAAACCUUAUGCACUUAUAGAUUUUGAUGCCCAUGCUGAACCUUUACCAAGUAGCUCUGAAAGCAGUUCUACUAGUGAUUUACAGUUAUAUGAUGAGGAGAACAUUGAUGAUAAUGUUGAAUGAAAUACGAAAAGGAAAUGUGUAAGAUAGGGACAACACAGAUAUGCAAAUGUAUCUCAACUUUUUAAAGCAAUAGAAAAUAUGAUGGAAUAUGCAAUAAUUAGCAAAUUAAGUAAACAAAGUUUGUAUUUGUCAUUAUAUAACAUUUUUAUGAACAUUUUUGGAAAAUCAUAUUUGAACUGCAUCAAGCUACAAUACUUGUAUCAGGUCAAGAGGGAAACACUUUCGAAAGAGAAACAAUUUCCGUUGAAAAAGGCGUAAUUGUCAUUAAACACUUAAUAUAUACUAUUGUUGUAUACAUAUUAUAUUGAUA